AAAAAGGGAGAAGCUUUCAGCAAUUCUUUGUUGAAGGUGAGAGCGUUUCCACGGCCUGUCAUGGAGAGGAAAGACAGCGAAGUAGCAAAGGUUAAAGCAGGCGAUCCCAAUACCUUCCAGGGGCGACUCGCGGAAAUGUUGGAGCGAGCGAGCAACCUGCAGCCGGAGGACAUGAUGUUCCGCUAUAAAGGGGUGCAGUACCCCACAGUCCUGACCUCCGUGGAGAAUCUGCAAGCUCUGCCUACGUUCGAGGCGCGUCCCGAAGACAUGUUGACCUGUUCUUAUCCCAAAUGCGGAUUUAAUUGGGUGAAUCAGUUACUUGGCGAUAUUGCCUCUGCUAGUCAAAAUGAAUCUAAAGACUGGAAGGCUGGCCCUAGUAAAGUCAAGUUGCUUGAAUUUGAAAAUUCUGAGAGACUUGAGCUGAUGAAAAGUGACCCAUCCCCCCGGGUUUAUGGCACGCAUACUCAUUACGACAAUCUACCACCAUCUAUAUUUGAGCAGAAAACAAAGAUGCUGGUUGUGUUUCGCAAUCCCAAGGACAAUGCAGUAUCCUAUUAUCACUUCCAUCAGAAUAACCCUUUACUACCCAACUUUGUAUCUUGGGAUGAGUUCUUCAAGAAGUACAUGACUGGAGAAGUUGGCUGGGGCUCCUACUUUGAUUAUGCUCUCGUCUGGGAAAAAUACAUUGACAACGAGAAUGUGAUGAUUAUCACAUAUGAAGAGCUGAAAGAGAACUUGGCAGGGGGGAUUCGGAAGAUUGUAGAGUUCUUCAACCUCUCUUUGAGCGACGAAGAUAUUCAAUUAGUUGCGAAGAGAGGUACAUUCCAGGCCAUGAGUGACAACUCCCAUGUGACUCACUCCACAUUCGGCAAAGUUAUCUUUCGAAAAGGCAUGGUUGGAGACUGGAGAAACCUGUUCACUGAAGAGCAGAGCCAAGAGAUGGAUGCAAAGUUUGAGGCGUGUCUAGCAGGCACAAAACUCGGACUAAAACUGAAGUAUGACCUAUACUGUUAGGCGUAAUCAACAAUGCUGUGAAUAUUGUGGUGGACACAAGUAAUCAUUUUUAUUUUGUAAAGAUGAGUGAUCAGAACUGUGAAUUCAAAACUCACUGGCAAGCUUCCAAACCCUUCCAGUUAAGAAAAGAAAAUGCAAAAAGAGACAGCAGGGCCACCAGGGAAUGAGAGCUUAAUGUUACAGAUUCACAGCCAAACCUCUUGUGGCUUUGUGAUUCCGUGACUAUGACGUUAAGCACGUCAAACUCUCAGCCCCUUUCACUCACACCCCCCAACGCA